ACUUCCAAGCUUAACUGCCUUCUACACAAAGCUACUGAACUGCUGGACUCUAAUGAACACAAACAUAACACAAGUGACCAAAGCGUAAAUAACCACACGACACAGUUUUGACACAAGACACUCUAAACUUCAAACUUGAAACCUGGCGCCACAUUCCUCUGCAGCUCGAGUUUCAGACCUUCCUCCAACAGUAUCGGUACGGCUGGCCAUUAAUAGCGGAAAAUACGGGAUACGGAGCUCGCCACCUUACCAUACUGGUGGCCGUGCAUCACGUCGCCGCCAUCUUGAGUGCGACGGCGGCGGGGGUUUGUGCCGACUUCAUCGGCAGGAGAUACCCUCUGGCGGCGGCUGGCGCGCUGUUCUGCGUCGGCAACGUGUUCAAGUGCUGCGCCACCAGGUCGUACGGCAUUCUUCUGGCCGGCCAGCUGUUCGCCGCCCUGGGUGCCGGAGUAGCCCUCACGGUUGCUCCGCUUUACAUCGCCGAGCAGGCUCCGUACUCCCGACGUGGACAGUACACGUCACUUCCAGAGGUACAAACGACAAUUAGAAAAAUAGGGGAAAACAGUAAUAAUUCGGCUCGAUAGUGUGUAGCCAUAUAAUCAAUGGGCAAUUAUAGUUGGUCUAAAUCAGAAUUAAUAAUGACUACACAAAUCAUAUGAAACAGUAGGUUUUAUAAAAUUUUCUUUAAAUUAUAUGUCAACUAUAUAUAUAUGAGAAAUAAAAUGAAAGACGGACACUAGAUAUAUAGUUGACAUAGCUUGCAACUAUUAAAUGAACAAAACAAAAGUACAAAACCCACGUGGGAAGAAAUGAUUGGUUAAAGAAUCAAAAUGCUUCUGCUUCAAGUUAAGUGUCACGUCAACAUGUUGCACUCCUUUGAAUUGGUUCAUAAGUUCCAUAAUUCUUGAAGGCUAUUUUGUACGUAGUUCUGCCCUACCUAACUAACAAACCACAUUUAUAAUUACAGAUGUUGUUAGUAUAUAGAAUAGUUAUAGGUUUCACUUUGUAAUAUUUGUUUACUUAAGGUACUGUAUUGUAAAUUGGUAGUAUAGGACACAUAUAUACUGUAAAGAGAACAGUGUAACUUUUUACUUUUGGUGAAAUAAAUCGAUCGUUUCUCUCUCUUACAACAUGGUAUCAGAGCACUUUCUCUGACUUCGUUUUCUUUUGCUUCCGCUUCCUUCUAGGGUUUCUGUUCUCGAAACCUUCUUCGAUGGCGCCUUCGUUCCAGCCGCCGAUUCCUCUCGCAGCGGCCCUCGCGCCCAACCAUCCCUACUACAUCAGCUCCGGUGACUCCUCGACGACGCAGCUCGUGUCAAUCGUGCUCACCGGGCCGAAUUACCACUCCUGGGCGAGGUCCAUGCGCUUCGGUCUUCUGUCGAAGAACAAACUCGCUUUCAUCGAUCCAGCCGUUCCGACGCCGCCGCCGGGUGAUCCUCUCUACACCGCUUGGCAGCAGUGCGACACGAUGGUGCUCGGUUGGAUCCUCCGCUCUUUGGCUCCAGACAUCGGCCAGAGCGUCCUAUGGCUUGAUUCCGCCGUCGAGGUCUGGAGAGAUCUCAGCGAGCGCUUCAGCAUCGCUGAUCUUGUCCGCAUCGCCGAUCUUCAAGACGAGGUCUUCGCACUCAAGCAGGGCAGCAUGUCUGUGAGUGAAUUUUUUACCAAACUUAGGGUUCUUUGGGAUGAGUUGAUGACAUAUCGUCCGAUUAGGUCCUGUUCUUGUGUCCCUAAGUGUUCCUGUGCUGAGUAUGCGAGAUCUGAUCAGAUUAUUAGGUUCUUGAGAGGUCUUGGUGAGGAUUUUGAGUCUGUUCGUUCUUCGAUCUUGUUGAUGGAUCCCCUGCCUCCUAUCAACAAGGUUUUCUCCACGAUUGUUCAAUUUGAGCGUCAGAAUAGGGUUUCUAUUGCUGCUAAUUCCAAUCCUUUAGCUUGUGCUGUUCAGAACACUCAGUUUAAAGCUCAUAGUCAGUCUAAGCGUCCUAUCUGCUCAUUCUGUGGAUUGACUGGUCACACUGUUGACAAAUGCUUCAAGAAGCAUGGUUAUCCCCCUGGUUACAAAGGAAAGUCUAGGGUUAAUGCUGUAGUUAGUGAGUCUAAGUCUACUGAUGUUUCUGUUUCUAUUGAGAACGGAAGUCAAGCUUCCGAUUCAGUUGUUCUCACACAGCAGCAGUACCGAGCUCUAGUUGCUCAGCAGUUUUCCAUGAGUCAGCCUUCUGUUCCUGUUUCACAUGUCCCUGUGGCCAAUGCCUUUACAACUGGAGGUGCUUCUACUGAUCCUGCAGCACCCUCCUCCUCUGGAGGUAAGUAUGUUCUAGCUAGUGGUCAUUUGCCUAUAGCUGAGGUUUCUUGGGUCAUAGAUAGUGGGGCAUCCGAUCAUGUCAGUUCCAGUUUAGAUUAUUUUAGUCACUAUUCUGCUGUUCAUGAUAUGAAUGUUUCCCUUCCAAAUGGUGCAAAAGUGCAUGUCACUCACAUUGGCUCUGUUGUUCUGUUUGGUUCCUUAGUUCUUAGGAAUGUGUUGUAUAUCCCUUUGUUUGGGUUCAAUCUCAUUUCUGUCAGGAGAUUAACAAAAGACACAUCAUGCUCUUUGACAUUCUUUCAUAAUCACUGCAUCAUCCAGGAUCUGGUCUCCCGCAAGCUGAUUGGUACAGCUAGAGAGUCUGGUGGGCUUUAUUGCUUCACACCUACCUUCAACAGCUCUCUUCCUGCCCCAAUCACAGCUUCCUCACCAGAUUCCAGUUUUUUUUCUGUUGUUUUUGAUACCACUAUUCAUGACAUUGACAUUAGCCAUUAUAGACUUGGACAUGCUUCUUGUAAUCCUUUGAACAAUAUUCUGUCUAAAGAUACUAAUGUUUCUUUUGAUAAAACUAAGCAUUGCACUGUCUGUCCUAUGGCCAAACAGAAGCGUUUGCCAUUCAUGGUAAGUGAGUCUCACUCUAUUGCUUUGUUUGACUUAAUUCACAUAGACAUAUGGGGUCCAUAUGGUGUGACAUCUAUUGAUGGUUAUCGCUAUUUCUUAACAAUUGUUGAUGAUUUCUCACGAAAUACUUGGGUUUACUUAAUGCAUAAGAAAUCUGAAGCUCGUGACUUAUUAACUUACUUUAUUAGUCAUGUUCAAACUCAAUAUAAUCUUAAGCCUAAGGUUAUUCGUUCUGAUAACGGCCUUGAGUUUCAUAUGCCUACUUUCUAUAAUUCUUUAGGGAUAGUACAUCAAACCACAUGUGUUGCAUCUUCACAACAAAAUGGUCGGGUGGAGCGUAAGCAGCAGCACAUCAUUGCUGUUGCUCGUGCUCUGUUAUUUCAGUCCUUUCUUCCUUCCAAUUUUUGGAGUCAUGCUGUCUUGCAUGCUACCUUUCUGAUUAAUAGACUACCCACUCCUGUCUUAGAUAAUAAGUCUCCGUAUGAGUUGCUGCAUCAAUGUAUUCCUGAUUAUUCAACCUUUCGUGUAUUUGGUUGUUUAGCUUACAUGUCUACUCUAGCACAUAAUCGCCCUAAGUUUGAUCCUAGAGCACACCCUUGUAUUUUCUUAGGUUUCCCUUUUGCAACUAAAGGUUGCAAACUUUACAAUUUGGUUACCAAGUCUUUAUGUGAAUCUCGUGAUGUAGUCUUUCAUGAAAAGAUUUUUCCCUUCUUUUCAAAAGAUUUCUCUCCUGAUUCUUCUGAUUUUGUCUUUCCUGUUAUUUCUGUCUCCUCAAUGGAUACCAUUGCAUCUCAUGGUGUUAAUGAUAAUCCAGAGACUUCUACCGGUUCGGCACCCGACCCACAUAUUUCUUUUCCUCCUUCCUCCAUUUCUGAUUCUUCAAGUGAUGACGAUGGAGUAGCUCCUCCUGAGUAUCCCCCAUCUUUUGAUGAUGAACCAGAUCCUCGUCCCACACGAAAGAGGCAACAACCUCUUAAGCUUCGUGAUUACAUUUGUAAUUCCGUAUUUGAUUCUAACAUUUCUUACCCUCUAUCUUCUGUUUUAUCUACUAAUAAACUUGCUGAUCACCACUCCAAGUUUGCCUUUGCUGUUUCUACAGUUUUUGUUCCCAAAACAUACAAAGAGGCAUCCCAACAUGACAAAUGGAAUGCAGCUAUGGAUCUGGAAAUAGAUGCCCUACUUCGCACAAACACAUUCACUGUCGUACCUAAACCGCCAGAUGUUAAACCCAUUGGCAACAAAUGGGUUUACAAGGUAAAAUUUCAUUCCAAUGGUACAGUUGAGCGAGAAAAAGCUCGACUGGUUGCCAAAGGAUAUACACAAACGCCAGGAAUAGAUUACUUAGAUACUUUCUCCCCUGUAGCUAAAUUAACUACUGUUAGAUCAUUACUUGCUUUAGCCUCCAUUAAAGGCUGGCAUUUACAUCAACUUGAUGUAAAUAAUGCCUUCCUUCAUGGAGAUUUAGUAGAGGACGUUUAUAUGAAGCUUCCUUUAGGUUUAAAACUACCUGGUGACACUUCUAACCUUGUUUGCAAACUCAAUAAAUCACUUUACGGUCUAAAACAAGCUAGUAGACAAUGGAAUCACAAAUUAACUGAAUUCCUUCUACAAGCUGGUUAUGUUCAAUCCAAAGCUGAUUAUUCUCUAUUCACUAAACAUCAGGAUGGGUUGUUCCUUGCUGUUUUGGUGUAUGUUGACGACAUUAUAUUGGCUGGUGAUUAUCUUAGUGAAAUUGAGUCACUUAAACAAAAAUUAGAUGCUGCUUUCAAGAUAAAAGAUCUUGGCAAUCUUAAGUAUUUUCUAGGUCUUGAAAUAGCUAGAAAUGAAACUGGUAUUUCAAUCUGUCAAAGAAAAUAUGUGUUAGAUUUGUUACAAGAUUCUGGUUUGCUUGGCACUAAACCUGUUCCUACUCCUUGCAACCCUGGUGUUCGUCUUUCUAUUAAAUCUGGUGUUCUUUUGGAUGAUCCUUCUGUUUAUAGGAGAUUAGUUGGACGUUUGUUAUAUUUAUGCAAUACCAGACCUGAUAUUGCGUUUGCUGUCCAUCAAUUAACUCAGUUUAUGAGUGCACCCACUGACCUUCAUUUGGCAGCUGCUCACAGAGUGCUCCAUUAUUUGAAAGGUUCACCUGGGCGUGGUUUAUUUUUCUCCUCACGAACUGAUCUUACUCUUAAAGCUUUUUCUGACAGUGAUUGGGCAGGUUGCCCUGACUCCCGGAGAUCAACAACUGGUUUUUGUGUUUUCUUAGGCAGCUCCUUGAUUUCGUGGCGAUCCAAGAAGCAACAAACCAUCUCUCGAUCAUCAACCGAGGCUGAGUAUCGAGCCAUGGCUGAUUUAACUUGUGAAAUACAGUGGCUACACUAUCUGUUUGCUGAUUUAAACUUGUCUUUUAAUAAACCUACAGCUAUGUUUUCUGAUAGUCAAUCUGCUAUUAGGAUUGCUGAGAAUCCUGUUGCCCAUGAGCGUACCAAGCAUAUAGAGUUAGACUGUCAUUUAACCCGUGACAAGCUUGCAUCUGGUCUUAUUAAAUUGUUACAUGUUUCUACCAUUAAUCAGAUUGCUGACUUAUUUACGAAAUCCUUGCCUACUGCUGUGUUUUCAGGCCUUGUGUCCAAGCUGGGCACUCUUGACAUCCAUGCUCCAGCUUGAGGGAGGGUGUUAGUAUAUAGAAUAGUUAUAGGUUUCACUUUGUAAUAUUUGUUUACUUAAGGUACUGUAUUGUAA